GUGGAGACUGCCUGUUGCAUAAAUAGUACCUUUUGGUAAAGAUGAAUUUUAAGUACAUAGUUGCAGUGUCUUUUUUAAUAGCAUCUACAUAUGCACGAAGUGUAAAGAAUGAUGAACAGUCUCUGAGUCAGAGGGAUGUUUUAGAAGAAGAAUCACUGAGGGAAAUCAGAGGUAUAGGAGGAGCCCUCCUAAGUUUUGGUAAAUCAGCUUUAAAAGGCUUGGCUAAAGGAUUGGCUGAGCAUUUUGGGAAGAGAACAGCUGAAGAACAUGAAAUGAUGAAAAGACUGGAAGCCGUAAUGCGUGAUCUAGAUUCCUUGGAUUAUCCAGAGGAAGCUUCUGAAAGGGAAACCAGAAGCUUCAAUCAAGAGGAGAUUGCAAAUCUUUAUACUGAAAAAGAGAAACGCCUUUUGGGGCCAGUAUUAGGUUUGGUUAAAAAUGUACUUGGAGGUUUACUUGGAUAAUUAUAGCCAGUAAAUCUUUGCUUUCAUUAAUGAUUGUAAAAUGAUGCUAAUCAGAUAACAUAUAAUAAAGCAUAAAUAAAACACAAAAAGCUAUUUAAACAAACUGCAUGUUCUCUACUCUGCUAUUAAAUAAAAAUCAUAUGAGCAAAA